AUGCUGCCCAGGCACGCCUACACCGGUCUACGCCAAGUAUCUACAAAGCCAUCCCCUCGCCGCACUCUCCUGCUAACCUUUGAUGCCUUCGACACCCUCUUCACGCCCCGCACAUCCGUCCCAGAGCAAUAUGCCUCCGUAGCCCACGAAUUCGGCCUCCCCCGCACCGCCAUCACCCCUCAAGCAAUCCAAUCCGCCUUCAAAGCCGCCUACAAGGCCCAAGCCAAGAAACACUACAACUACGGCCGCGCAGAGGUCCUCCGCGGCCAGUACGCGGGCCCCAAGCAAUGGUGGACGGACGUUAUCCGGGCGACCAUCGAGGGAGCACUAUCACAGUCCCUGCGCCCCGGCAGCAGCGACACUAGUCCCCACAGUGAGCUCCCUGCGGGCCUCGUCGAGACCCUUCUGCACCGGUUUGCCGGAGCGGAGGGCUACGCGCUUUUCGAGGACGUGGAGCCCUUCUUCGCGCGGCUGCGCGAGGUCAAGCGGGCCGUUCCGCAGCUUACGCCGUACGAGCGGGUCUUCGUCGGCGUGGUGUCCAAUUCGGACGACCGGGUCCCGGCGGUGCUGCGCUCAUUGGGACUAAAGCAUGGAGUUGCCUGGGUUCGAAGAGCGGGGGAGUCGGAGGUGCGGAGCUCGCCUGAGAUUGCGGGCUUGGGCUCCGUGUACGAGUUCAUGUCGCAGGCUGGGCGGCCGGGGGUGGAUAUCGAUAUGGUGAUCACGAGCUAUGAGGCUGGCGAGGAGAAGCCGGGCCGGGUGAUCUUUGACGUUGCGCGGCGCCAGGCGGGCCUUUUACUUCCCAGUGGGGUUUCUGCGGAGAGUUUGUGGUGCGUGCAUGUUGGCGAUGAUUAUGAGAAGGACUACCUUGCUGCGCGAGGUGCGGGGUGGCAGAGCUGUUUCCUCGAUCGGAAGGGGGGCGUGGAACGGCCGGGCCUCAAGAUUCGCUCGUUGAUGGAGUUGGUGUCCAAGUUGCGGCUUGGUCAUGAGAUGGAGGCUUCGGGCAAAUCGAGAGAAUGGAGUGACUUACUUCCAGCGGGGGCCGCUGGCCACAUCAGCGGUCGUUAG